GCGACUUCUUCCCCUGAUGGCUGAGGAGGCGGCAAAGGAGGCCAUUCCUAUAGAGGCACGAGAGGAUUUGGGUAGCUCGACGCCCCAAAUCAAAGAAAACGAUGCAAACACUUUGUCCACCAAAACAGAAGAGCAAGAAUACGUGCAUAUCAUUCCUGAUGGGGGAUAGCGGGCAUGGUCAACAGUGGCUAGGAGCUUUCUGAUGAGCAUGUGUACGUUCGGCUAUAUUAAUGCUUACGGAGUAUAUCAAGCGUACUACGUUCAAACGUUGCUUCCAUCCUACUCGCCGAGCGCAAUCUCUUGCAUCGGAUCACUACAAACCUGUCUUCUGUUUCUCUGCGGCCUUGUUACCGGACGUCUUUUCGAUGCAGGCUAUUUCAGGCCAAUGAUGAUAGGUGGCGGCGUGCUCGUUGUCGGCUGCAUCUUUGCACAAAGCGCGGUGCAAGUGGAUGGAUAUUAUCAGGUCUUCCUAUCGCAAGCCAUUGGCCAAGGGGUAGGGCUUGGAAUUGUGUAUCUGCCGUCUUUGGCUGUCCUUGGCCAACAUUUCCAGAAACACAGAAGUACCGCGACGGGAGUUGCUGUCGCUGGGUCUUCCUUUGGAGGUAUAGUCUUCCCCAUUCUCUUGAAUAACGUCUUCCAAUCACGCGGUUUUCAAUGGAGCGUGCGAGCCAUGGGAUUCUUCCAACUCGGAGCGAUGAUCAUUGCCAACCUGCUGAUGUCAACGAAUUAUAACCCGUACCAGAAGGCGAUGAAGCCGCCGAGCCCGUUGAAGUUGCUACGAGACAUACCAUGUCGUUGCGGUGGUUGGAACGUGGACAAUCGGUCUAGGACUUUACUUCAUUUGUUCGUCACCGUUUUAGGUGUUCUUUGCAAAUAUCUGAGACAAGCUUCAGUCUUCUAUAUCCAACUCUAUGCUGAAACCGUUGGCAUAUCGGACACUGUGGCCUUCUACACAUUGGCCAUAAUCAACGCAGUUUCCAUCUUCGGAAGGACGCUGCCCAACUUACUCGCUGACAAGUUCGGACCGCUUACCGUUCUAAUACCAUGCUCGGUCAUCGCAGGCACUCUAGUAUUCACCCUGCUCGGGGUUAAGAAUGUCGCUGGUCUCGUCAUCGUUUGUAUCAUGUAUAGCUUUUGGUCAGGUGCAUACGUCUCUCUAGCUGGGCCGAUGUUCGCAUCCAUGGCGGACAACCUCUCCGAGAUCGGAUUGCGCAUGGGCCUGGCGUUUGUCUUCCUCGGCUUCUCGGCCCUUAUAGGUACACCCAUCGACGGUGCGCUCCUAGGCGAGGAGGGCCCGAGUACGCUUGGUGGAAAGCUGUUCUUUUUAGCGGGACAGCGCAAGGUGACGAUGUUAGCUGGUUGUGGGCUGCUCGUGGUGGGAUGGUCGUUACUCAGGAAGAAGAACAAGCGGUGGGUAUAA